UAAUACACAUCACAAACCAUAUAAAACUGAGCUCAAAUUUGGCAAGAUUUAAUUUCAGGUGUAUUAUAUAUAUUGUACACUUAUAUAUAUCAAGAGUCAAUCAAGAAGAAGGGCAACUGCCGCCAUGGCAGAAGAGUUAUUUCACGGCGGAGUAUGUGGCGGCGGAGCAAACUGGUGGAAUAAUUCAACGAGAAAUACGUACAGUUCAUCGUCGCUGUGUUCGUCUUUGGCGAAUCGCGAUCUGACGACGACGAACAUGAAAAGUAAUACAAGAUCGAGCGAUGCUGACUCAGCAUCGGAUGGCAGCUGCAGCUCUACUGUAGUAAUCCAGGAUGUUCUUAAACCUAAUCAAACCCUACAAAUGGUGGGGAUUAGUCCAGAUGAUCAUUGGAUUAAUAAUCAAGAUUUGCUACAUAAUAAUGGGAGAUCAGACCAAAAUUACUCUAAUAUCCUUGAUUCAAGCAUGAAUUACUGGCAAGAAAACGACUGGAUUUCCGCGACGAGUAAUUUAACUAGCCAAGAUUCGAAUUCCGUGAUUAACUCGUUGAAUCAAACUUUUGAUCAGUUAAAUUCAUCGAAUGGAUUUCCGUUGAUGAACUCGGCCUCGUAUAGUAGCUACGAUUCGUCUCUGUUGCAAACUCUUUUUGACGAAACGGAUUCGAACGCCCUUCGAACCCAACAAUCUUUAUUAGAUAACCGGGAAUUCAAUUACUCGUCGUCUGCUGAAAACUAUCAGGUGAAUUCGAAUGAAUUCUUGCCUAUGGAGAAUCCCUCUUUCGCCAAACAACAGCAGUUAUGGAAUUCCACAGCUGCAGAUUUGAGUACUAAUGACGUUCGUUCGAGUUUUCUGCCUUCUUCGUCGCAAUCUCAGUUUCUUCCGUCGUCUGUUCAUUGUAAGAAACCUAAUCUUCCCAGCUUCAGUGUUAAGCAUCAAAAUGAAGAAGCUUCGGUGCCUAAGAAAGCGAGUAAUGAACCGUCAUUCAAGCGUCCACGAAUCGAAACUCCAUCACCAUUACCAACCUUUAAGGUUCGAAAAGAGAAACUUGGGGACCGAAUAACUGCCCUCCAACAGUUGGUUUCACCUUUCGGAAAGACUGAUACAGCAUCGGUUCUCCAUGAAGCUAUUGAAUACAUCAAGUUUCUCCAUGAUCAAGUCAAUGAAUUAAGUUCACCGUAUUUGAAACACAGACCGUCUCCGGUUCAACGUCUACAGGCUGAAGAUAAAGAAGGGGUAAUGCAAGACCUAAAAACCCGAGGUCUAUGCCUUGUACCGGUAACGAGCACGUUCCCCGUCGCUCAGACCCCCGCAGAUUUUUGGACGCCUACAUUCGGAGGAAGCUUCAAAUAAUUAGACAAUAUAUCAAAUAAACCAAAAAAAAAAAAGGAAAGAAAAAAGGAAAAAAAGAAAAAAAGAGAGCUGCAUUUUUGUGUAGUACUGAAAGCUUUGAGGAAAAGCAAGACAAAGUAAAAGGUGACAGCCCAUCCUGGGCCAUACCAUGUAAGCCAAGCAUAUGUUAUGAUGAUUAGGGAUUGGACAUAUAAUUAAGGAUAUAUAUAUAUAUCUAUAUAUAAAGUUGUAAUAAUCUUGGAAUUACGUACUAGCUACAAUUAAUAUUUCAUUAAGAGGUGGUACUUGAGGAACAGGAACAGGUGCUAAAUUCAGCUUUAGUUAUUACUGAGAUUCAGCUGAAUUUAGCAGCUUAUUUAUAUUAUAUAUAUAUAAUCUUGUUCCUGUUUCUUCAUUUUA